CAUCUCUUUAUCUCUGGCUCCAAGCUUGACAGAAAAUAUUUUAGAAAAAAACACCGAAAGCUACCCUUUCAUAUCUAGGAAUAUCAUGUUUAUUCUAAAGCAUCAACAAUUUUAAAUGAGCAGUUGAUAUCAAAUGAUUUUUUAAAAGUGUGAUUGGAAAGUAAUUUUUUUUUCUUUUGCGCAUUGUAAAGCUUUGUUAAAUAGUUCCCAUCGUCAAAAACAUUUGCCUCAAUUGGAUCUAAUAUUUCGUCCCACCAACCGCCGUGAUGUGACUAGGUUUUAUUUCCUUUACAUCAGCUUCAAGUGGGCAACAAAAAUGGGCAGCAGUGAUGAAGGGCUCUUCGAUAGGUCUCCUACUUGCCUGCGGAGCAAAGACAGAAAAACUCAUCGAAAACCAAAAAAAUCAAGGAGCAGUAAAAGGCACAUGAAAGACAAAGGUUAUCUUAAAGGAAAGCAUGGCAAAAGCUCCUCAAACAACAAAACCCCUGUUGAGUACAGUGAUGUCAGUUCUGAGGCCUUCAGUGAACCUGAACAAGGUGAAAUAACAGAUGACAGCCAAGUAAGUCUCAGUGAAGGAGAAGUCAGUCCUGUGAGGCAAAGAGCCAUGUUUGGAAAUCAAGUGCGAAGCAGAGAUCACAGCAAUGCAGGAGAUUAUGUGUCACAAACGUUUAACAAAGACUACCAAACUUUGGAAGAACCUUCUGAGCAGAAGUCUACCAAGAAAAGUAAAAAAGAUCGUAAGGAUAAGAAGCAUAAAAAAGAGAAACGCAGAAGAAGAUCUCGUUCACCCUCACGUUCCCCUUCUUGUUCUCCGUCGCUGAAUCGUAAAAGAAAGAAGAAACAUAGACAUCGUUCACCUCCUUCGAAGUCGUCAUUCCCAGAAGGAAGUCCGGUUAGUUCAGACGACAUGGUUGUUUUACCGAAAAGGGAUACGGCCGUCUGUAGUGCCCGCUACUUAUCUAGCCGAAGUGCUAGUAGCCGAGAAGAGCACAUGCAUCAAGAAUCGCGUCUCUGUGAAUCAACGUUUGAGUACCGUAACCGUAAAUCGUCAGUCAUAGAAGGACCACCAGUUCGAGUAGUGCGAGAAUUAUCCUCACCUGAAAACUCUCCUACCUAUUUUGCUUCGUCUGCCUCUCCUCCUCCGGCCUCAAGACCACGAGAACCGCAAACGAAGGAAAUUUUUUUGGAUGUAUCAGUCUCCAAAACAAAAGGAUCUUUGUCUGAAAGGCAACGGUCUCGCUCUCCACGCACCCCUGAGAAAAUUUCACCUUUGAAAGGUGACGGUGAUUUAUCUCCUCAUACGCCACCGCUUCCCCCGAAAGCGUAUGAGAAAUUCAAGGUUUCGAAAGAAACAGCCAAGAAAAGUCCAGUGAGAGUCAGAACUCCUCCUUAUCCUCAUCCUGAAACCAAUAGGAAAAGGAGAAAAACGAGAAGCCGUUCUCGUAGCCGUGAUAGAGAAGCGAAUCGCAAACGUAGAGCCCGUAGCAGAAGUCGCAGUCCGAGUCGGAACAGAAAAACUGGCCCACGCUCGCCACCUUCUAGUGCAGGACGUAUUGUCCGCCGUUCGAAAUCGCGCAGUUGGUCUCCAAAACGACAACCUAACCGAUCUCGCGACCGCUCUUACAAGGUGAGCCGUAGUCGAAGCCCACCACCCAUUCGAAGCAGCGAGCAACGUCGGCCCCCUGUCCCAGUCCCAUCCCCGGCCCAAGUAUCGUCUGGGAUACCCAAAACGUUGGUUUCAAAUCGUACGAACAUGAUUGACACUAGCUUGUUUGCCGAAAUGGUCAAAACCAAAUCAAAGAAAAUGCAAGAACUUGACAAACAGCCAAGGCAACGUUUCGAAUCUAAAAGUGAAUCGGAUGGACCUUUGCCUUCUCUACUGGACAUUCCUAUUCCGGUAGAAUCGACGACGCCCCCUCACCCUACUCCUGCUGUUUCCGCCGGUGGUUUCAUUCCUGUUUCAGCUUCCGUGUCGGACAUUAAAGGCAAUCAACAUUCGUUGAGUAAGAUAGAGUUACCGCCUUCUCCUUCCAGUCAAGCAUCAUGCGUCAGGAGCCCUCCGCGGAAGAACAAAAGCCUUGUCAAGGAUUUGCCGAUGCCUUCUGUUGUAUCUGGCGCCGAAGAAUUGAGUCCGGAUGAAGACAUGAGUGGUAUGACGCCUCCUUCCAACGUGGAUGGAAUGGCGGUUGGUGGAGUAAAAGGGCCCCGCCCCAAGUCGCUUCGCCCAAUCAUCUACGGGAAAAAGUUACUGGAAAGUAUGACGGCCAAGGAUUGGGGUGUCCGCUGUGUUGACACUUUUGAAAUGGUGGCUCAGAUUGGCGAAGGAACCUACGGACAGGUGUACAAAGCCAAAGAUAAAGCAACAACCGAAAUGGUGGCCCUGAAGAAAGUACGACUAGAAAACGAAAAAGAAGGAUUUCCCAUCACGGCCGUUCGUGAAAUCAAAAUCUUGCGUCAGCUCAAUCACCGUAAUAUUGUCAACCUGAAGGAGAUAGUCACCGACAAGCAAGACGCACUGGAUUUCCGAAAAGACAAAGGCUCCUUCUAUCUUGUCUUUGAGUACAUGGAUCACGAUUUGAUGGGUCUUUUGGAAUCGGGAUUAGUUGACUUCAACGAGCAGAAUAAUGCAUCUAUUAUGAAGCAACUUUUGGAUGGGUUAAAUUAUUGUCACAAGAAAAACUUCCUUCACCGUGAUAUCAAGUGUAGCAACAUUUUAAUGAAUAAUCGCGGUCAGGUAAAGUUGGCCGAUUUCGGAUUGGCGCGUCUUUACAAUGCCGAAGAUAAACAACGUCCCUACACCAAUAAAGUAAUUACUCUCUGGUACCGGCCUCCUGAGUUACUGCUAGGUGAAGAACGAUAUGGUCCUGCAAUUGAUGUUUGGUCUUGUGGCUGUAUUUUGGGAGAACUUUUCCUCAAGAAACCCGUCUUUCAAGCAAACGUGGAGAUGAUGCAGCUUGAGCUCAUAUCUCGUUUGUGUGGAACACCUUGUCCAGCUGUUUGGCCCACUGUCGUCAAACUGCCCCAGUGGCACACGCUCCGUCCUAAAAAGACCUAUAGAAGAAGGGUUCGCGAUGAAUUUGCUUUCAUGCCGUCUGCAGCACUGGAUCUUCUCGACAAAAUGCUUGAGCUCGAUCCUGACAAGAGAAUCACAGCAGAAGAUGGACUAAAAUCCCCGUGGCUCAAAACUGUUGCACCUGACAGUUUCCCUCCGCCCAUUCUACCAACAUGGCAAGAUUGCCACGAAUUGUGGAGUAAGAAACGACGACGUCAAAUGCGGGAGCAACAAGAACAGCAACAACGUCAACAAGCUGCAGCCAAUCAUGCUCCUGGUAAUGGUCGAGCACCAGAGGAAUCAGCUGAAUCUACUUUGACUGGAGGUUCGUCGCGAAAUCUGAAGUUAGAGGCCGGUGGGUUCAGCGUUUCUCCUCAUACAGCAUAUCGGUACCAACAGUCGCGUUCGGCUGAACACCCCACCACACCUCCGAUUCCCAAUAGAGGAUCUGCAAAUAAUGCUGGAGGUCAUGCUUCGUUGUCCCUGUUGCAACAGUUGACGUCCAUUAAAAAGUUGCUCACGAGCCAGCAGACGGUUCGCGUGGAUCAAAUUACAACUCUUCUCAAUGAAAAGGUUGAUGCGGAAUCCUUUCGAUUGGUACAGAAUCUGAAUACCCAACUAAAAAUGGCAGCGUCUGUCUCCAAGAACUCGCAGCCCAACGUCAAAGCGGCAAAUGCGUCGUCUUGUAGCCUUGAUCCCCAUGAAGCCAUUUUUCUUCCUGGAGGGCAUUCUUGGUCUAAUGGUUCAGAUUCCGCAGCCGCGGAUUGUUCCAAUCAAGUUGUUGGUGGGAGCCUAGCUACAGAAGGAGUACGGACUGCACUGGCUCAACUAUUAAAUCUUCACGGAAUGCAUGUCAAUGGCCUCGAGCCUCUCGUCGGCCAUCCUCCAACACAGAAUUCCGGCGGUAAGUGGUAUUGAAAAGAAAAGCAGAGAAAUAACUCUUUCUUUCUUCAACGCUUGACUUCUACAUCCGUUGUUCUUUAAUUUGUCGUACCCUAUCCUUCCACACUUUGCAGUGUGUGACGUUUGCCAUUAUUUAAUGAAAUAAAUGGAUUCAUAUGAA